AUGCAGGUGAAGGCUCAGCGGGCAAGAGCUCAGACACCUCUUCACGAAGACCCUCGGGGAGGGGGGCUGGUGCUGCUGCUGCUCCUCGGCCUGAGCGCGGAGCUGGCGAGUGGGGGUGGGAAGAAAUCUUACAGUGGGCCAUGUGGGGGCCGUGACUGCAGCGCUGGAUGCAAAUGUUUUCCAGAGAAGGGUGCCCGGGGUCGACCAGGACCAAUUGGGCUUCAAGGACCGAUAGGUGCACCUGGAUUUACUGGCCCAGAAGGUUUGCCAGGAGCAAAAGGUGAGAGAGGAGCAGUGGGCCCCCCUGGACCAGCUGGACAGAAGGGUGACAAGGGCCCAAUGGGAGUUCCAGGAUUUCAAGGCAUCAAUGGGAUCCCAGGUCACCCUGGACAAUCUGGACCUAGAGGUCUGCCUGGCCUUGAUGGAUGCAAUGGUACCACUGGGAGUCCUGGAGUUUCUGGAUCAGAUGGGUUUCCUGGCCUUCCUGGGCUGCCUGGUCGUCCUGGCCCAAAAGGUCUUAAAGGAGAACCUGUUUUUGUUCAGGGCAGUCUUAAAGGAAUGAAGGGAGAAAAUGGUCUUCCUGGAUUGGAUGGAGUUUCUGGCCCAAAAGGUUUUCCAGGCCCAACAGGCCCUGCAGGCCCUAUAGGAUUACCUGGUGUGCAGGGUCCAGUGGGGCCCCCUGGACCACCAGGGCCAAAAGGUAACAUGGGAUUAGGCUUUCAAGGAGAGAAAGGAGAAAAGGGUGAUGUAGGCCUGCCUGGCCCUCCAGGUCCCCCACCAUCCACUGGAAUACUGGAAUUCAUGGGAUUUCCAAAAGGGAAGCAAGGAGAAAAGGGUGAGCCAGGGCCUCGAGGAUUCCCUGGAGACAAAGGGUUGCCUGGCCUGCCGGGCUUUGGAGGUAUUGGAGAAAAAGGAGAAAAAGGUGUGCCUGGCUUACCUGGUGGCAGGGGUCUUUUGGGACUGGAUGGAUCUGAUGGGAUUCCAGGGAGAAAGGGUCAUCCAGGUCUUCCAGGCUAUCCAGGACUGGAUGGAGUUGAAGGCAUGAAGGGUGAAUUAGGUGACAUUGGUCCCCCAGGCCCUCCUAUUGUUAUUGACAGGGAAGGUGUAGUCAUUUCAGGUGCCCCAGGUGACCCUGGAAGCCCAGGAGUACCUGGUCCUCCAGGAGAUGAAGGGAUCAGUGGUUUACCAGGCCUUCCAGGAGCUCCAGGGUUUCCAGGCCUGAAAAGAGAUGGAAUGGGCCCUGGAGGGUCUCCAGGUAUUCCAGGUGUGAAGGGUGAAGUGGGAGAACCAGGAAGAGCAACGAUUGGAUUACCAGGCACUCGUGGCAGAGAGGGUUUACCAGGUCUGCCAGGAGCACCAGGAUUGCCUGGUUCACCACGCCCUUCAUUCCGCCCAGACACGAUCCUGGAUGGAAGGACUGGGGCCCCAGGGGAGCCUGGGCAAAGAGGGCUGCCAGGAGAUUUGGGUCCAAAGGGGUUUAAAGGAGAGGCAGGUGAUUGUGCUUGUGAUGGAGGAUUUACAAGAGCUGGUCUAAAAGGAAUCUCAGGUCUACCAGGACCAUCAGGAAACCCUGGUCUGCCUGGGAUUAAGGGCAUUGGUGGAGACCCAGGCACUGUGGGUGCACCAGGACUACAAGGCCCUCCGGCUUUGGCUGGUCAGCAAGGUCUUCCAGGUCUUAAGGGAGAAAAAGGGGAUUCAUCCUAUGCAACAGGCAAAGGUGCACGUGGUGACCGUGGUGCAACAGCACCCAGAGGACCUUCAGGCAUCCCAGGAACUCCUGGCAGGGAUGGGCUUCCAGGCUUGCCAGGUCCACCAGGCCCUCCAGGUGAUGGUGGUCUAGGUUUUCCGGGUGAAAAAGGACUGCCAGGAUUACCUGGUUCCAAGGGCCAUCGUGGAGAAACUGGUUCUCCUGGCAUUGGAUAUCCAGGUCCUAGUGGAGCUCGUGGGCCACCGGGUGACCCAGGAAUGGAUGGAUUUCCAGGACAGGCAGGUCUUCCAGGCCCUGCAGGUAUCACCUUGCCCUGCAUAGUUCCUGGAGCAUAUGGGCCCCCAGGGACUCCCGGCUUUCCAGGAUUGCCAGGUCCAAAAGGCAGCAAAGGCUUUCCUGGCAUGCCAGGCCAAUCUGGAUUACAUGGGUCAAAGGGACAGCCAGGGUCUGCAGGCGUAGUAGGCUUGCAAGGAGAACCUGGCUUCCCUGGGCCUCGAGGAGAGCAAGGAUCACAAGGCCUUCCAGGACUGGAUGGAACAGAUGGUUUGCCUGGGAAAAUGGGUGCUUCAGGCUUAGCUGGAAUGAAAGGAGCUCCUGGAGAUGUAUUUGGUGCUGAGAGUGGAGCCCUGGGAGAGCGUGGCCGACCUGGACUCCCAGGUGAUAAAGGGCUUACAGGUGAUCUUGGAUUUCCAGGACCAAAAGGGUUAGAUGGAAGACCAGGCCUCCUAGGUAUUAAAGGCGAACAGGGCAAUCCAGGAUAUUCGGGUGUCCCUGGAUUGCGGGGACCUCCUGGUCCUGGAGGUCCUUUUGGCAUUAAGGGAAAACCAGGACCCUUGGGGCCAGUUGGCCUUGCAGGAGCACCAGGCUGUCAAGGACUUCCUGGAGUCAAAGGCUUGACUGGGGAUGUAGGUCCACAAGGCCCUGCUGGUAUGAAAGGCUUCCCAGGUCUUGAUGGUGCUCCAGGAUCUCCUGGGGAAAGAGGAUUCUUAGGGCCACCAGGGCCUUUUGGUCAAGAUGGACGUCCAGGUUUCUCAGGGCCAAAAGGCGAGAAAGGGUCUCCUGGCCUGCUUGGUUUCCCUGGCAUGCCAGGCUUGUCUGGUGUCCCUGGGGUGAAUGGGUUUAAAGGAACUCCUGGCACAGCUGGAGGAAAAGGGAUCCCUGGAGCUGUGGGACUCCAAGGUCAAAAAGGUGAUAGAGGUGAUGUAGGUCCACCUGGUCUUCCUGUUCUUGGGCCUCCAGAACAGGCACUGAAAUUCAAAGGAGACAAAGGAGAUCCUGGGUUAGCUGGCCUUGGAGGAUUCCCUGGACCUAGAGGUGAUAAAGGAGUCCCAGGAAGCCGUGGACAGCCUGGUCUCCCUGGUCCAGUUGGGUCAGCAAGCAAAGAGAGGGGUUUUCAUGGUGACCCAGGCUUCCCUGGUCCACCUGGACAGCCUGGGCUGCCAGGACAGAAGGGUGCACAUGGAUACUAAUUUUGGGUUGUUUUGUUGGGUUUUUUUCAGGGUUCAGAUGGUAUCGCAGGAACACUUGGAUUCCCAGGACCUAUUGGCCUCCCUGGUCCAAAGGGUGACCAGGGAGAGUCUGUUGGCGUUCCUGGUGUUGCUGGAGCAAAAGGAGAGCGAGGGGACCCAGGUUUCCCAGGAGAGAGAGGGAGAGAAGGAGCCAAGGGUGAACCAGGCUAUCCAGGAAGCACUGGGGUGAAUGGACUCAAAGGCAGCCCAGGAGAUCUUGGCCAAGAAGGACCAGCAGGAGUCCCUGGAAAUGCUGGGCUGAGAGGAAUCCCUGGGCCACCAGGACCUCCAGGGCAGCCAGGAUCUGUUGGAUUCCCCGGAGCUCGAGGAACAGCAGGACCUAAAGGGUUUCAUGGAUUUCCAGGUUUAAAUGGUUUGAAUGGCUUGCCAGGCACAAAAGGAUCUCCUGGAACACCAGGUCUGAGUGAAGCUGGACUGAAAGGCCCUGCAGGUCUCCCAGGUCCAAAGGGUGAAGAAGGUUCUCCAGGCUUGGCUAGAGGAGCUCUAGGAUUCCCUGGACCAAAGGGCUCAUCAGGAGACAUGGGACCACCUGGACCUGUAGGACUGCCUGGCUUGCCAGGAACACCUGGAGUUUCUCUUCCUUCUGAUAUACGUGGGAGACCUGGGGAUGCUGGCCAUCCAGGAACUGAUGGGAGUUCAGGUCUUUCAGGUCCUCCAGGACCACGAGGGCCCCCUGGUCCAGCUUCUGACCAAGGUGACACAGGAAAUCCAGGUUUCCCUGGUGUUCCUGGCUUGCGAGGCAUUAAGGGUGAUGUGGGACUCCCUGGUCCAAUUGGACUCCCUGGAGCAUCUGGAUUCAAAGGUAUAAGAGGGGAGCCUGGUCUUAUGGGGAUGCCAGGAAAAGAUGGGCCUCCAGGGGAUCCUGGCUACCCUGGGCUGAAAGGUGAAAUGGGCCGUCGAGGUCUCCCUGGCCAACAAGGGGCUCCAGGUACAACCCCACAACCAGAAGAAAUCACAGCCCCUGCAGGCUUACCUGGUCUGCCAGGCAUUGAUGGUGUCCCUGGCUUUGAUGGAGAUCCUGGAUUUCAGGGCCCAGCGGGAAAACCAGGUGCAAAAGGUCUGCCAGGAAGAUCUGGUUUGAAAGGACGUGAUGGUUUACCUGGAUCACCUGGCGCAGUUGGGGAUCCAGGACCUUCGGGCACCCCAGGACCACAAGGAUUUGAAGGUGUUGCUGGAAAGCCGGGCUCAAUUGGUUUUCCGGGAAUGCCGGGUCGGAGCGUGGGUGUUGGAUACACUUUAGUGAAGCACAGUCAGUCGGACCAAAUCCCACCUUGUCCCAUUGGAAUGAAUAAGCUCUGGGAUGGCUACAGUUUAUUGUACGUGGAGGGGCAGGAAAAGUCACACAACCAGGAUCUUGGUUUUGCUGGCUCGUGUUUGCCUCGCUUCAGCACCAUGCCUUUUAUUUACUGCAACAUCAACGAAGUGUGCUAUUACGCCAGUCGAAAUGACAAGUCCUACUGGCUCUCCACCACUGCUCCUAUCCCCAUGAUGCCAGUGGACAGUGUUCAGAUCCCACAGUAUAUCAGCCGUUGCUCCGUCUGCGAGGCACCUUCCCAGGCUGUGGCUGUGCACAGCCAGGACAUCACCAUCCCACAGUGUCCGCUUGGUUGGCGCAGCCUAUGGAUAGGAUACUCCUUCCUUAUGCACACUGCGGCCGGUGCAGAAGGUGGAGGUCAGUCCCUUGUCUCACCUGGCUCUUGCCUGGAGGAUUUCCGUGCUACUCCAUUCAUUGAAUGCAACGGUGCUAGGGGCACAUGCCAUUACUUCGCAAACAAAUACAGUUUCUGGCUGACAACUGUUGAACAGUCACAGCAGUUUGUCAGUGCUCCUCCCUCGGAAACUCUGAAAGCGGGACAGCUUCGCACCAGGGUCAGCCGUUGCCAAGUGUGCAUGAAGAACUUGUAGUAACACAAGCACAGUAGUAUUAACAGUCUUUGCCACCUAAGACUGGACAUCACUGAUGUGAAGAAGGACAAAUUCAUAAACCUGUUGUGUGUGUGGUUAAUGGGUGAAUCAAGACAGCCAGCGUUCUACAGAAAUCAAGUUCCAGGUCCAGCAGUUUGACUGCAUACAGAGGAGGAAAAGACCAGUGCUCUGAA